AUGGAACUAUUCAUGCGCCCAAUAGCCGAUCCACAAAGUCGUGAGCCUGAUGGAUCUUUUCCACUGGAUGGAAAGGAUCUUAAUUCUGUCACAGAUGAGGCUCUGGUGAUCUUUCUCACAACGGCUUCUAUUCUCCAUCAGCUAGGUGGAACGACGGUUGUGCGGCUUUCAGAGACUUUGAUCAUGAAGGGUGGCGGCAGUGUCAUGGCUAGUGAAGCGCAAAUGCUUCGUCUUAUCGCUUCCAGAACCAUUAUUCGAGCCCCACGAGUCUAUCGCUCAUUCCAGGUAAAAGAUGAUACACAUACACAAUAUUUUGGCACAUCUGGGUAUAUUGUCAUGGAUUUUAUCCCAGGCCAACCGCUGGAUGAGUGCUGGAACACCCUAUCCCGUGACACCCAAAGGAAAAUCGCUGCGCAGGUUGCUGAAAUGAUACAAGAGAUGCAGCCCAUUGAGCUUUUAAAGCCCGGCCCCAUUCGUGGAGGACCAUAUCCUAAGUGA